AUGAAAGGCAAAGCAUUGUUCAAUGCUACAACAAUUAGUAAAAUUCAACCUUCAAUUCUAUGGAAAGAAGUUUCAAGUGCUUCACACUUCAGAAAGGAUCGUCAAUUGAGACCCUUUGAAUUGUUUCAGUGGAAAACUAUUUUGAGUUCAUCAGUUAGAAAUCUUCAAACAUGUAAAUUUUUCCUUUUUGAAAUUCAAUUUCUGAAGAUGAUUUUCCCAAAAUUUCAUCACGAAACUCCGCUCAUUCAAUUCAAAUUGGAAUAUGAAAUCAUUAUAAAUCUUGCGGUGAAUCAAAAAUUGAAUGAUGAGUUGAAAGAUGCGAUAAAUUGCUUGAAGCUCAACAGGGAUUUAGAUCAUGCUUCGUUUCUCGUUUUGCAAUAA